GCGGCCAGAGGACAGCUCCUGCUAUCUUGCCAUUGAUCUGAAUUGUGAGAGCCAGACAAAAGCUUCGGGAGCAGAGAAGGUCGGAAGGAGCUCCUCGUAACCUCCUGCGGUCUCCAGCCUUUUCAUGGUCACCUCCUCCUCUGAUCUCUGACCUCCAUGGGGACUUGAACAAGAGGACACAUGCGAGAGCUUUUAUGGAGGUUGUCACUCUAGCAGUUGUUGCUGCUGACAACUCUGUUCCUCCGGCUCUUGCGUGAGGUUGGGGAGUAGGGAAGGGAACGAUUAACAGUUUGUUUCCAUUGACUCUCCCGACUCUACAGGAAAAAAGGGAGAAGGUCCCUAUUCUUUAGCAUUGGUUUCAGCUUCCGUUGUGUGGCAUCGAGGAUCAGAGUUGCACCUGGAUGUGAACGUUGAGAUGUCUUUUCCAUGAAGGGAAGGGAUCCGCUCGGGGAUGUUUUGAUGUUUCAAGGGGUUAUUUGUCCUUCUAUGGUGAGAUCUCCUCUCUAAAAGGAGAGGACGCUGAGGUUGCUAGUAACUUUUUAGAGUUCAUAGAGAAAGGAGACAAAAGACUCCAAGAUGCCAGUAAGGAGAGGGCAUGUGGCCCCCCAGAACACUUAUCUGGACACCAUCAUCCGGAAGUUUGAAGGGCAAAGCCGCAAGUUCCUCAUUGCCAAUGCUCAGAUGGACAACUGCGCCAUCAUUUAUUGCAAUGACGGGUUCUGUGACAUGUUCGGGUAUUCCAGGGUGGAGGUCAUGCAGAGACCAUGCACCUGCGACUUCCUCACCGGUCCAGAAACCACGCACAAUAGUAUCACCCAACUUACCCAAGCCCUGCUGGGGUCCGAGGAACGUAAGCUGGAGAUCCUCUACUACAGGAAGGAAGGCACCUGCAUGCGUUGUCUCAUUGACGUGGUCCCAGUGAAGAACGAAGAAGGAGAAGUCAUCAUGUUCAUCUUGAAUUUUGAGGACCUUGCGUUACUUUUGGCCAGAAAAGCCAAUAGGACGCUUCAUCAGAGGCUGACACGGGCUGCCUUCAAUUCGGCGGAGAGGUCAAAAAUGAAGCCGGGUUUCUUAAACUCUACCUCGGAGUCUGACCUCAUGAAGUACCGGACCAUUAGCCAGAUCCCACAAUUCACAUUGAAUUUUGUGGAGUUUAACUUAGAGAAACAUCGUUCUGCCUCCACCACCGAGAUCGAAAUUGUGGCCCCGAGCAACGCUUUCGAGAGGACGCAGAAUGUCACAGAGAAGGUGACUCAGGUUCUUUCCCUGGGGGCAGACGUUUUGCCAGAGUACAAACUGCAGGCCCCGCGGAUUCACCGAUGGACCAUCCUCCAUUACAGCCCUUUCAAAGCGGUGUGGGACUGGCUGAUCCUGCUGCUUGUCAUCUACACCGCGAUUUUCACCCCCUACUCUGCCGCCUUCCUUCUGAACGAUCAGGAGGAGGAGAGAAACUGGGCGUGCGGCUACUCUUGCAACCCGCUCAACAUCGUGGACCUGAUUGUGGAUAUCAUGUUCAUCGUAGACAUUAUUAUUAACUUCCGUACCACCUACGUCAACAUGAACGAUGAGGUGGUCAGCCACCCAGCCAAGAUCGCCAUCCACUACUUCAAAGGCUGGUUCCUUAUAGAUAUAGUGGCGGCUAUCCCCUUUGACUUACUUGUCUACAGGACAGGAUCAGAUGAGACCACCACGUUGAUUGGGCUCCUCAAGACGGCGCGGUUGCUGCGCUUGGUUCGUGUGGCAAGGAAGCUAGACCGGUAUUCUGAGUACGGGGCGGCUGUGUUAUUCCUCCUCAUGUGCACCUUUGCUCUCAUCGCUCAUUGGCUGGCCUGUAUCUGGUACGCCAUUGGCAACGUUGAGCGUCCAUACAUGGAACACAAGAUCGGCUGGCUGGACAAUCUGGCCAAUCAGAUCGGAAAGAGUUAUAACGACACCGACCAGGCUUCUGGACCUUCCAUCAAAGACAAGUACGUGACUGCACUCUACUUCACCUUCAGCAGUCUGACCAGCGUGGGGUUUGGGAAUGUCUCACCCAACACCAACUCGGAGAAGAUCUUCUCCAUCUGCGUCAUGCUGAUUGGAUCUCUCAUGUACGCCAGCAUCUUCGGGAAUGUCUCCGCUAUCAUCCAGCGACUGUACUCGGGCACGGCACGUUACCAUACCCAGAUGUUACGGGUCAAGGAGUUCAUUCGCUUUCACCAGAUUCCGAACCCUCUGAGACAACGUCUUGAAGAAUACUUCCAGCACGCCUGGUCAUACACCAAUGGCAUUGACAUGAACGCGGUGUUGAAAGGCUUUCCAGAGUGCCUCCAAGCGGACAUCUGCCUCCACCUCAACCGCACGCUGCUUCAAAACUGUAAAGCCUUCCGUGGUGCCACCAAAGGCUGCUUGCGGGCUCUAGCGAUGAAAUUCAAGACCACCCACGCCCCUCCAGGGGACACGUUGGUUCACUACGGAGACGUGCUGACCACCCUCUACUUCAUCUCUCGCGGUUCUAUAGAGAUCCUCAGGGACGACAUUGUGGUAGCCAUUCUGGGAAAGAAUGAUAUUUUUGGAGAGCCAAUCAGUCUAUAUGCUCGUCCCGGGAAAUCGAAUGCAGAUGUGAGGGCGUUAACAUACUGUGAUCUGCACAAAAUCCAGAGAGAGGACCUUCUUGAGGUCCUGGACAUGUAUCCAACCUUCUCAGACUCCUUCUGGAGCAACCUGGAGAUCACCUUUAACCUUAGAGAUGCAGACAGUAUCCCCCGAUCCCCCUCAAGUGAAGAUUACAACGGUAGCUACCGUAAGACCAGGAGAUGCAAGCAACCAAACCGGCGCCGCAGGAAACAUGAUGGUCUGGAUGAUGGCAAUUCAGAUACCGAGCAGCAUCAUUUGUUUUCGGAUCUCACCAGCCUCCAGCAUCCCCUAAGUCACGAACAGUGGGACGAGAUGGGCAGCAGCACCACUCCCUGCUCCCAGACAAGCGAUGACGAGACCAAGCCUCUCAAUUCGGCACGAGCCGACAGAAUGCCACCUGCAGACAAGCAGGAAUUCAUCCCUGCCGUGGUGAACUUGGUCACAGCCAACAUCAGCAGCAGGGAAGGUGGCAGGAAGGUGCUGGAGACCGUGGAGACGUUUUCAGCAUCACCCCUCGAAGUUCCCAACUUGUUCAGCUUUUGGGAUGAACAUCGUGCGUCUGUGUGUCCUGAACCAUCGCGGCACAUUUCAUUGGUGCACAACUCUAUGGAUCCCCCUCUCAGCCCCGACGACCGACCAGGAGAGGUGGAAUCGCGUCUGGAACUCCUCCAAAAUCAGCUAGACAGACUGGAGACCAGAAUGUCCUCUGACAUCAACAUAAUCUUACAGCUGUUGCAAAGGCAGCUUUCUCAGAUACCUCCCGCAUACAGCCCCAUUUCACCCAGCUCGCACACCUUGGGGCUUUACCACACGGCUUCAAAGAGCCUGGAGCCCAUACAGAGUAACCCAUCCUUACCCACGGACUCCCCUGAAUCUCUUCUUCAGAGCCCUGGACUGACCGAUUACAAUGACUUAGAGCCUCUGAACCUUAAAUCCAGUGUUUUAAACCUCAAUGUUGUCCCUCAGGAGCCAAUGAGCCGCAACAUAGCCCCCAGACUUCCGCUGGUCCACAACGGCCCACCUUCUGACACCCACUCCAAUACAAUCCUUGGAGGCUUCCGAUUCCCAUCCCUUCCAGAGCACCUAGAGUGCCCUUCUCCUCCGGACCAGGAAUUUCAAAGACACCUUUCAGACCCAGGUCUACCGGGAAGUUAG